GAGCGCUGGUCGGCUUGUGCAGAAAUGCGACCAUCCUUGAGCUUCCCAUUUGCCGGGUGCCGACUGCCUGAGGCGCCCCACACAGUUUUGCUCACCGAUGCAGGUUCGUGGACGAACAUGACACAAAGGGCAACGCACAGACGGUCCUUCAUGUCAUCGUUACUGCAGGUAACAACGCCAUCUUGGUGUGCAGCAGAGACGACGGGACAUUGUCGUGCCUGCACGGCAAGCAGUGGAAGCAGCCCGCCGGUAGGUAUGCAGUCCAUGCGCAUCAAGACCUACCGCUUUGCCGCUGUUGUGGUUGUGUGUGUGGAUGCGAUGCAGGCAUUGCUGUCUUCUCCGACACUUCAGCAGUAGUUGCAGACAGGUAUGCGUUGCACUGCACUGCACGUGGCCAUCUGCACUUCCUACUUUCUCUGUACCGACCGGUGUUCUGUCCGCCUGCAUUGCAGCGGUCACCACCGCAUCAAGAUCUUGGAGAUGGCGAGUGAAGGUCGUGCAACGGGUGUGAGGGUCCUGGCGGGCGCUGGGCAUGCUGGCUAUCGAGAUGGGCCGGCAAGAGACGCAUGGUUCCACACGCCCACUGGUAUGGUGGGAUGGAAACACCCAAGUGCACGUCACGUCGAUGGGCGAUGGCAUGCAGUGCACUGCAAUGCAUGGAUCCGAUGCAGGUCUUUGUGUGGUAAAGGAGACGUCACGAGGUUGCUCUCGGAGGCCAGAAGCGACAGAUGGACGAAUGGUGCUGGGUGAGGCACACCACGCGCCACCCCAGCCGGCGAAUAGCAGUGCAGUCAGUCCGUUGUGUGGUGUGUCUCAUCUGUCCUAUACACAGUCGCCGACAGUGGCAACUCAUGCAUUCGCUACAUCAAGCGAGGCAUCGACGGCCAAUGGACAGUCGGCACCCUGGCAGGCAGCACCGUGCCAGGCAGCAUCGGCGGCCUCGCCACCCACUGCAGAUUCGGCGCCCCAUCGCACAUCCUUCCUCUCCGGCUGCCCCCCGCCACACCCCUGCCAACUACCGACCCACUCACCACCCUGCCCGACGACAUGACUCUCCUGGUCCUCGACAAUCCCCCGCUGACGACGAGAGAAGGGGAAGAUGUGACGCGAGAUGAGUUUGGGUGUCUGCGGUUUGUGUAUCGCGCCAAGAACGGGUUGAUGAGGUGCAGGGGUGUGGGGGGGGAGUGGGCGGAGGGGGAGAGCGGGGCGGCCCGAUUGAGGAGGCCCAUGUCUGCGGCGUGGACGAGGUCAGGAUAAACUGAGGAAUGGAUGGACGGAUGCUUGACGCCACGUAUGUUGUGAGCAUGUGUCGUCGCGUCUCGUCGUUUCCUUCAGUGAUGGCCGUGUCCUGAUCUGCGACGGGUCAUCGACCCAUGCCAAAAUAUGGUCAGUCACCGGACCUGCCUGCCUGCCUUGCGGCAUGGCAUCUGCGUUGCCCAUUUCCUGCAGGCAGCUUGACCUGGGAAGCCGGCGGGCCUCCCCUCUGCACAUCUUCAUCCACCACCACUCCCAGCCAGAAGUCACGACACCGGCCGACACGGACACCCAUAUGUCGCCAAGAGACAUGUUCCAUCACGGCUUUCUGCCAUUGUCUCUGGUGCCAUGCUUCGCCCCGCCCCCGGCCCCCCUCCCCCCCAAGCGCAGCAUUGAGGCGCGAGACAGCAGUGAGACCGAGGAUGAAUAUCUGCUGACUGGGGUAAUGGUGAGACAUGGGUCUGCAGAGAAGGCGGCCAGUGAUUUCCACCCGCUGAGGUGUUUGGGUGCUAUGGGUGGAGGUGGAGGUGGCGGAGACACGCAGGGAUGGUUGUGGAAGCUGUCUGUCGGUGAGUUUGAGGGUGGGUGGGAGGGAGACUUGUCAUGUCUGCUUUGUCUGCAGGCAGGCGUGAUGAGCCGGCGAGAGCCUCCCUUAUUCAUCCUGGCUCCCUGCCGGCCCCUCAGCCCCUAUCUGCUGCAAAAAACAGCGACGCCAUGACACACCCUAAGCCCCCUCCCGCCCCUGUGGGUCUGCCCCCGCCACCACCCCUGGUUGUAGAGGACAGAGGGAGGGGUGAGAGGUGUGCUUCCGUGAGUUUGAUGGACUACCUGAAACAGAGAAGGGCUGCCGAGCGGAGGAGGGCAACACAUGUGUGACGGUCUUUCCAGGGGGCGAGAGAAGAGACACUAUGGCAGAUGCCCUUAAGCUAGCUGAGUCCACCGUGGUUCAGAAUAUGUCGGUCUGUCUACCUAAGAUUCGUCUCAG